AUGCCGCCUAAGUUGCGCAACGCUAAUGCUUACACUCCUAGGGACACAACCCUAGGUAUCGCAAGAUUCACCAACAUCAUGGGCUUCAAGUCUAGUUCCGGAUUCCAAGGCUCCGCCUUUAUUAUCCUCCAGGUCAUCCGUGGUUGCAAUCUUGCUGUUCUGCUGGCCGUCAUCUUCGUCUCGGGGAUCAUGAUGUUCUUCGCCAAGAUGCCUAACGGCUUUCAGUUCUUCAACGACGUCUCCCUCGCCUUCGUUAUCGCCGUCGCCGGUCUCCUGUUCUGGACGGAGCUACCGAUCAAGAUGGGUAAGGCGAUGAUUAGUCGAAACUGGCCAGCGAUCGGCGAAGACCGCGGCUUCACCUGGCUCGGCAUCGCUAUGAUUCUUAUGGGAUGCCACCAUCUUGGUGCGCUCAGCAAUGAUACUUACAACAACAAGGACGUACCAUUCCAGGUUUGGCAGGCUAUUAUGGCAUCCGGCAUCAUCGCAAUCGCGUUUGGCGUUACUAACGUCAUUGCCUCGCUCGUCUUUAGCAACAGGGCGAGCGGCGUUCAUGCUCGAGAGGUCCGCAACAAUGGUGCGACCACCAGAGAUGUCAACUUCACCGAAGAAUACGAUAGCUACCGAAGCAAUUCGAUUCGUAAGGAAAAGGCCAAGAGUAGAUUUUCCAUCUUCAACAGGGGUAAUUCCAAGCCCAAGAUCAGCCACCCGAUUACUCAUGAUCCUCAUGAUCUUGAGUACGGACCGAGCGAUGAUCAUCUCCCCAUCGACGACCGCUGCAGUCCUAUAAUUCCCGAUGUGAAGCGUCCCCCUACUGCUCUACAUCCUGCCUAUAAUGCCGGAUCAAGAUCCAGCCGAUAUAGCGAAGCAAGUCAUCUUGAUCGUUUUGCCGAUAACAGGAUUUAG